AUGGCCGUGCGUAAUCUUUUGGCGGGAAAAGACGUGCACGAGUCCCUGCACUACCUCGUCCAAUCAGAUGGUGGAGUUGAUAAAUCUAAAAAUAGACAGGAGGCCGAGGCGAUGAAGGACGUGAGCUGGCGGCAUGUAAAGGGCCCCCGAGAAGAUGGUAGUGGACAAUUAAUCAGUAUUGACAUGGAGUAUACUGAUCCCGCACACCCUGAGUAUGAGUGGGGAGCGGACCCGAACCUCGGGCUGGUUGCGGAUCUGAAGAUGGCCGGGGUGGCUGUGAAUGUGCAUCGGGAGAGUUUGCAGCCGCUUAUGCAG